AUGGAGUGGUGGGUCCUGUCUGACCCGGGUCUCUUUGUCUCUGCAGGAGCGCCGUCUGUCCAGUCCGUGUCCUCCAAAGUGGGAACGCCGGUGUCCCUGACGGGCCAGAGGUUCACCGUGCAGAUCCCGCCCCCCUCUCAGACGGUCACCACCAAAACCAUCACGCCGUCCACGCCCGCCGUCUCCAACGUCCUCAUCAACCCGUCUCUGAUUGGCUCCAAGAACAUCCUCAUCACCGCCAACAUGGUGCCGCAGACCUCGGCCGGCGACUCGCUGAAGAGGAAGCACGACGACGAUGACGACUACGACGCGUUAUGACGCCGCGACUGAAGACCUUGUUGUUGUUUUUUAAGUGAAUCGUCUUUUAAAUAAACGGGUUAGCUACCGUUCUCACCAGGAACUGAUCCAGAUCGUUAAGGACUCGUUAGUUUUGGGUUUCUACCAGACGAGACCCGCAGCUGCAGACCGUCGAUCGUUAAGGACCCGUGUCAAAUUAAGGACUUGUGUUAGAUUAAGGAUUUGUGUUAGAUUAAGGACUAAGAUUAAGGACUAAAUCCGUGUUAGAUUAAGGACUCGAGUUAGACCCGCGGCUGCAGACCGGGACCGCUCAGAUCGAGGACUGUGGAUUCAAACUAAAGAAGCCGACUCUGAUGUUCCUCUGAUUUACAAUAAAUCUUAAAAUAAAAACUGAGUUGCAUC